AUGUUUUAUGAGUCCUCCCCGGCAAACGGCGGCGACAAUGCGGCACCGUCCUCGCCUCUGCGGCAAAUGAGCAACUCUCAGACUACCGACAACGGUCCUGCACCGAGCUCCCCGUUGCGCCAGCAAACCGAAUCCCAGACAAUCAAUGAUGGCGAGCGUACCCCACGAGCCAGCGGCAUGCGCAUUGGUGACUCUUCGCCUGUUCGCUAUGAUCCUAGUUCAAGCCCUGGGCACCCCCAAACAGACCUACGAAGCGAGAGCAGCGGCCUCUUCGUCGACUCUUCCAGAAGGGCGCCUCGUUCAAGACGUGGUGAUAUUCAUUCCGAGUAUUCUAGCAGGACACCCGUUCCUCCGCGUCGCAUCGUUCUUGGCUCCGAUGGUCGGGUCGUGCAAGACGCACCAGUCUCCGACGCUGCUACCUUUUCCAACAACAACCCGGGCACAUCAGACGCCGACGCUCUGGGUGGCCAAAGCCAGAGCUUGGUAUGGGGAACCACCAUUGCCAUUGAUGACACGUUCAACGCCUUCAAGAACUUCUUGAGAAAUUACAAAAUCAAGUAUCGUCUCAUCAAGGAGAACCAGCCCGAUGAGCUCGUCAAUGCUCCGGAGAACCAAACCAGAUGCUACUGGGAGGCACUGGAGACAAUGCUGGCGCUUGGAACGAGCAAGUUGUACUUGGAUGUCCACGAUCUGAAAGCCUACCCUGAGACUGAGAAGCUGUGGUACCAACUCCAGGCGUACCCGCAGGAAUUGGUUCCCAUUAUGGAUCAGUCUGUUCACGACAUGAUGAUUGAGCUUGCUCGCAUAGAGAUGGCCAGGCAACGGAGCCAGAACACCUCCGCUCCACAAGCCUCGCAGAGCUCCGAGCCAGCUAUUCCCAGCUCGGACCGUCCUGAGGACGCUCCGACACCUCGUCCUACAGCCCAGAGGGAGGCAACCCUCGAGGAUCAAGUCGCUGAGACCAUUUACAUGGUGCGUCCAUACGGAAUGGACAAGACCACCAACCUCCGAGAUCUGAACCCCUCGGACAUGGACAGGAUGAUCCAAAUAAAGGGUCUCGUCAUCAGGACCACCCCUGUUAUUCCAGACAUGAAGGACGCAUUCUUCAAGUGCAGUGUCUGCAACCAUGGCCUGCUUGUCACUCUUGACCGUGGCAAGAUUCGAGAACCCACAGAGUGCCCCCGUCAACGCUGCGGCUCCAAGAACUCCAUGCAAAUUGUUCACAACCGUUGCAACUUUGCAGACAAGCAAGUCAUCAAACUGCAAGAGACCCCAGAUGCUGUGCCAGCUGGUCAGACCCCGCAUUCUGUUUCUGUAUGCGUGUACGACGAUCUGGUGGACUUCUGCAAAGCUGGUGACAGGGUACAAAUCACUGGUAUCUUCAGGGUCAGCCCCGUUCGUGUCAAUCCGCGACAGAGGGCCAUCAAGAGCGUCCACAAGACGUAUGUUGAUGUCUUGCACGUGCAAAAGGUCGACCGCAAGCGCAUGGGGGCGGACACGACUACCCUUGAGCUUGACGACGACGAAGAACUGCAGACUGAUAACCCAUCAGGAAUGGACGAGGCGCGCAAGGUGACCCCGGAAGAGGAGGAGAAGAUCAAAGAGACUGCCGCUCGUGACGAUAUCUACGACCUUCUGGCACGUUCUCUUGCACCAUCAGUCUACGAAAUGGACGACGUCAAGAAGGGUAUCCUGUUGCAGCUCUUCGGCGGCACCAACAAGAGCUUCGAGAAGGGCGGUAGCCCCAAAUACCGUGGUGACAUUAAUGUCCUGCUUUGUGGUGAUCCAUCUACUUCAAAGUCGCAGAUCCUGUCUUACGUGCACCGCAUUGCCCCUCGCGGCGUGUACACGAGCGGCAAGGGCUCCUCUGCCGUCGGUCUCACGGCAUAUAUUACACGCGAUCCCGAGACGCGAUCCUUGGUGCUCGAGUCGGGUGCCCUUGUAUUGUCAGAUGGUGGUGUCUGCUGCAUUGACGAGUUCGACAAGAUGUCCGAGUCUACUCGCUCCGUGUUGCACGAAGUCAUGGAGCAGCAAACAGUGUCUGUUGCCAAGGCUGGUAUUAUCACCACUCUGAAUGCUCGAACGAGCAUUCUGGCAUCGGCCAACCCGAUCGGGAGUCGAUACAACCCUGACUUGCCAGUGCCACAAAACAUCGACCUUCCUCCAACGCUGCUGUCUCGUUUCGAUCUGGUGUACUUGAUCCUGGACCGUGUUGAUGAGAAGAACGACAGACGACUGGCAAAGCACUUGAUGUCUAUGUAUCUGGAGGACACACCUCACUCUGCCCAGUCUAAGAACGACAUUUUGCCCGUCGAAUUCCUCACAUCUUAUAUCUCCUAUGCCCGCGCCAACAUCCAACCCACUAUCACUCAGCCCGCAGCUCAAGAACUGGUUGAGGCGUAUAUUGAGAUGCGCAAGCUAGGCCAAGAUGUUCGCUCCGCUGAGAAGCGCAUCACUGCGACCACUCGGCAGCUCGAGUCCAUGAUCCGGCUUGCGGAGGCGCACGCAAAGAUGCGACUGGCCACCGAGGUCACCCGUGAGGACGUGCAGGAGGCCAACCGGCUGAUCAAGUCUGCCCUCAAGACGGCGGCAACUGACAGUCAGGGCCGCAUCGACAUGUCCCUCUUGACCGAAGGGACAAGCUCUGCUGACCGCCAGAGGAAGGAGGAUAUGAAGAACGCAGUGCUGCAGCUGCUUGACGAGUUGACGGCCGGUGGUCAGACCGUCAAGUAUGCUGAGGUCGUCAGAAAGCUGAGCGAGAACACAGGUGUGCCUGUUGAGGCGAGUGACUUUGCCGAAAGCGUGCGCGCUUUAGAGAUGGAUGGCUCAAUAACGGUGUCAGGCGAUGGCGCAAGGAAGAGCAUCCGGAGAGUCACAGCUGUUGUUUAA